AUGUCUCGAGCGUUGGACCCAAUCGAGCGCAAGGUAUACGAAUCUGGGAAAGAUGGAGAUUGGUGGAGUCUUGUAAUUGCGUACUGGUUGGAUAUCAACGAAACUCGAAUGGACAUGAUCGUUGAGGGGACUGAAAUUGAUGGCAAGAGGUCCUUAAGUGGAACAGUACUUGGAAAGAAGACCUCUGCAGCUGUCGCCAAGGAGACGGGGAGUCAGGUUCUGCCGAUGAAAUGUCGAUGCGGGUAUGAUACUUUGACUCCACUCGCCAGAUUCCAUGCAAACUUUGAUGCUGUUGCACAGAACCCUGACGAUGAUGGACUUAUCCAGCCGGCUUCAAGGAUUAGUCGAAUACCAUCCCCAGGCAUCUUUCGUUUCUUACAAGGGGUGUUGCUAGCACAACACCGCAUCGAAGGGAUUUUCCUGGAGUCACUUGCCAAGUACAGUAACGUUGAGGUCCAACGCAAUGUAGAGCCAACAAGUAUUACCCACAAACCUAGCGGACCUGAGAAUCAGAGCGCGUACCCAGUCACGGUCAGAAUCGCGCAGGUAGGAACAGAGACAUUAUCGUAUCCAGUCGCAAAGCCUACCAGCAACGGAGCGGUAGAGGUCGAUGGCCAGAACCAAAAGAGGAAGCUCAAUUUUAUCCAUGAGGAGCCAGCAACGAAGGAGGUCAUGAGGCCAAUGAUCAGCCGCGAUGGCCCGCAUCUUGCAACAAAUACACCGCUCGGCCAGCACUUCCUGAGUUUUGCGGUCAUCAACCACUGCGAUGCACGAUCUUGGCACUUUGGCGAACUGCUCAAAGCCGGCGACCUCUUCGCCGUCGUGCUAUUUGCUGGUGGUGUCUCCAAGACCGAUCAAAUUCAUAGGGUACAUAAAUCCGCCGCAGUACUGGCUAAUGUGGUCAUUCCAUUGGUACAAUAUCACAUCAGCGGUGGCGGCCAGCAGGCAAUAUACGACGUCGCUGACAUCCUGACUAUUCAUUCAGCGCCCGGGCAGCAGGUUGAAUACUCCCAGAACUGUUACGCCCCUUCUAUGAGGAGCUUGGUAGUCACAUAUUGCGUAUGUAUCGCUCCAAGGUGUCCUUCAUCUUGA